AUGGCGAGGAAGACAAAGCUCGCGCCCCAUGUUAUCGAGGUGAAGUUGGAGCAGCAGCCCCCUAGCGAACCCUCCGACGAGGAGGAGGAAAUAAGUCAAGACGAAGAUGAAUCAGAAGAGGAUGAGGAGGAAAAUAAUGAAGUCGAGGACGAAGAAGAAGAGGAUUUAUCGAGCAAAGAAUCCAUCCGAGGCCGUCGCAAGAAUCACUCUCUCCUCUCCCGUAUAGUGAAUGAGGCCGAGACCGACCACGAGCACCGCGAAAUCUUCGUUCAUGAUCUUGACUGGGACGCCACUUCCGAGACCUUAGCCGCCGCCUCCUCUCCCUUCGGUCAGUCGAUCGAGGAUUGCAGGGUCAUCAUGAACCAACGCACCGGGCGAUGUAAAGGCUAUGGUUUCGUUCUCUUCCGCACCCGGGCUGCGGCGAAGCGGGCCCUCAACGAUCCCCUGAAGAUAAUCGGUGGCCGCGUGACCAAAUGCCGGCUCGCUUGCUUUGGUCCCCCUGCCGCAGCCGGGCAAGCCCCAGGUUCAGCAACAGUUAGGGUUGGGCUGCUUAAUCCUGCAGCAGGCUUGUCUCCUGCAUUGAGUGGGGGAGCUGCUGGUGUUUCUCAUCAGCCUUACCACAAAGAGUGACAAUAAUUAGAAAGACCAAAGCUACUGUUACUAACUUCAUAGCUUCAAGCCUUCAUUUGCCAACGAUGAGAAGAGGUUGGAUGUUAACCAAAAUAAGGACUUCAUAGAUUGAUUUUUGCAAUUUUGAUCUUAUAUGGAUGAGACAUGAAUUGAUAGCAACUGCAUAUCAUAUCAGCCCUGCAAUC